UGUACCAUUCAGACAGCAUGAGUGGCUGUGAGAUGGGAAAGCGAGUCUUAUUUACGCUUCAUUUUCCUCCAAAUUGAAACCAUGUUGACUCUCAGGCACUUUCUCACUCUCUUUCUCUCUCCCUUUUUUUCACACACAUGCACACAUCUGAUUUUUCCCAUUAAAGCUCUCAGUGAAACUCAGUAACUCAGCACAUUAAAAUAUUCUCAUUUAAAAAAAGCUGUACUAUUAUUUUCGCCCCUCUCCAAACAAUACUGAGAAAUACCAACAUUAAAAAAAUAAUAAUUAUUUAAUUUUGUGGUGAUUAAUACAACAAUACAAUUCUUAAUUAAAUAUUUAAUUUUGCCAAUCUAACAUUGAUUUUUUCAUUUACAUUUAAAUACCCAUUAAAAGCUUAAGAAAAUCUGGUAGGAAACAUGGUUUACACAUGCGUGCACUAGUUGAUAUUUGUGUUGAUGAUUUUUGUUUGUCUCAAGUAAACCAACAAUUGCCUUAAAUAUGUUGUUUCUAUUAAUACUAUUUCUACGAAUACUACUAUUAUCAAUUGUUUCUAUUAAUAACUACUUCUAACCUCAUCUAACUACUUCUUACAUCAUUUCCUGCUCCUCAUCCUUUCCUCCUCUAUCCUGCUAUUCCCCCUUAGCCUCUUGUAGACCCUGUUGAAAAAUGUCCUGUAUUUCUUAUUUACAACAUUAUCGCUUUCGAUAAAAGUGUCCGAUAAAUGCUAUGUAAUGUAAUGUGAUAUAAUUAGUAUAUAAUUAUCCUUUAAGAAGUGUAGGUUUUAUGAUAAAAUUAAAAAAAAAUUCAUUGUUUUAUUAAUAAUGAAAAAAUAAUCUAAAAAUCCUUAACAGACAACUUGUUUUCUUUCUCUUUAUUAUUUAUUUAUUUAUUUAUUUUUUUUACUGCAUUGCCAAAGUAUCUAAUUGCGACCCUUAAUCAAAUGACUCAGAAUGAGGCAAAAAAAGUGAUUGGAACAUCCCAAAUUUAUACCUAUGUACACGUAUGCAGAUGACCCGCUCCCUGAUGUUUUUAUAGUCUCUUUAAUGUGUUUUGCCAUCCCAUCUCUCUUAUCUAAUGCUGUCCUUGAGUUCUUGUGUGCGCGCUUUAGUACGUCUGCAGUCAUCGAGCACCCAUACAAGGCUGAGUGCCUCUCUGCAGCUCACUCUGACCCUCACUCCUGUGGCCUCUUCUGCCUACACACAGCUGCUUACAGAGAAAACUCCCACAAGGCCACUCUUCUAGUAUUCAUAUGUGCCAUCUAAUCCACUUUUUUCAUGAAAAAAAAGCAAUGUAUGCAGUGUAUGUGGUGAUUAUAUAGAAGUCAGAGCUGUUGUUAUUCUAUUUAUGUACUCAAACUUUCUUAAACUAUUUGCUCACUGCUUCAAGAAUCUUGUGUCUGUCCUUAUCUACCUGAUCAACAUUUCAGUACACCAACAUCAACACAGUAAAGCUUGAAGACAACAACAGUUAGUCCCAUUCCUUAAAGAUAGAUCCUACUUUAUUAUUUUAGUGUAGUGUGAAAACGGUAAGCUUGGCUUUUAAGUGUCUCUGACAUACAUCACCAUGGGUUCUUUUGGGUUGACAUAAUCUCUCUUUCACACAUGGGCAUUGCUACAGUCAACUUCGGCCUAUUUGAAAUCCCCAGCAGAACAUCUUAAUCAUGUGGACACCCAUGUUUUCUGUCUACUUUUCUGAAAACCACAAAAAAGGUAAUUGAUGUUUAUUACCUCUAUGUUUAUAGAGGUAAUGGAGAAUGUCCUGGAAAAGGUUUCUCCAAAAGACUGUGAAUCUUUUUUUUGACAGUUUAGAUAUCUGGGGAUGAGAUUAACCAAAUUUAUAAAUAAAAAAAAAACAUUCUUAAGGAGACUAAAAAUGUUGAUAAGUGUGUCACUGAUUACUACAUACACAUAUACAGCUCUGAAAAAAAAUAAGAGACCACUUAAAAAUGAUGAGUUUCUUUGUUUUUACCAAAUUUAAAACCUCUGCAAUAUAAUCAAGAGGAAGAUGGAUGAUCACAAGCCAUCAAAAACCAAGCUGAACUGCUUGAAUUCUUUUUUGCACCAGUAGUGGCAUAAAGUUAUCCAAAAGCAGUGUGUAAGACUGGUGGAGGAGAACAUGCCAAGGUGCAUGAAAACUGUGAUUAAAUACCAGGGUUAUUUUACCAAAUAUUGAUUUCUAAACUCUUAAAACUUUAUGAAUAUGAACUUGUUUUCUUUGCAUUAUUUAAAGGUCUGAAAGCUCUGCAUCUUUUUAUUUCAGCCAUUUCUCAUUUUCUGAAAAUAAAUGCUCUAAAUGACAAUAUUUUAUUUGGAAUUUGGGAGAAACGUUGUUCGUAGUUUAUAGAAUGAAACAACAAUGUUCAAAUGUAGCAAAAUCAGAGAAACUGAUUCAGAAACUGAAGUGGUCUCUUUAUUUUUUCCAGAGCUGUAUAUGUAUACGUAUAUAUGUUGGUAGAUAAACUUACAUUUUAGCCUUGAGUUUAAGCAGUUAGAGGAGGUGCAUAUAAAACCCUGACACCCUGAGUGGGAGAGCUGUCCCUGAGAGUGACAGAGAGACAGAGAAGCAGAGAGGGGGAUAGAACAGAGGAGUGUGAGUGAUGGCAGUGAAGUGGAGAGUGUGGUGCAGCCCUGUUGCUCAGUCCCUGGCCAUGCUGGAGGUACCAGGCCAGGUGAGAGCAUGCCACAGUGGGAGUUUAUCCACAUCAAGAGAGCAGCUGUUCUCAGAAAACAGUUCCACUGUAAAGCCUUUCAGUGAAAUCCCGGGCCUGUGGAAGAACAGCCUCGGAAAUCUCUACACCUUCUGGAAACUGGACGGCUUCAAAAACAUCCAUCACAUUAUGGUGCACAACUUCAACACUUUUGGGCCAAUUUACAGGGAAAAAAUUGGAUACUAUGAAAGUGUGAACAUCAUCAACCCUGAGGAUGCUGCUAUCUUAUUCAAAGCUGAGGGUCACUAUCCCAAGAGACUUCGAGUGGAGCCGUGGACCUCCUACAGGGAUUACAGGAACCGUAAAUAUGGCGUUCUUCUCAAGGAUGGAGAGGACUGGAGAUCUAACAGAGUGAUUCUGAACCGGGAGGUGAUCUCACCGAAGGUACAGGGAAACUUCGUACCACUUUUGGAUGAAGUGGGUCAGGACUUUGUGGCACGAGUCUAUAAAAAGAUUGAAAGAAGUGGACAGAAUAAGUGGACCACAGAUCUCUCCCAUGAGCUCUUCAAGUAUGCCCUGGAAUCUGUGAGUACAGUGCUGUAUGGAGAACGUCUGGGUCUGCUGUUGGACUACAUUGAUCCGGAAGCCCAGCACUUUAUCGAAUGCAUCACUAAAAUGUUUAAGUCCACCUGCCCCAUGCUGUACAUUCCACCAGCCCUGCUACGCCGAGUUGGAGCCAAAGUGUGGAAGGACCAUGUGGACUCCUGGGAUGGCAUCUUCAACCAUGCGGACCGCUGUAUCCAGAACAUCUACAGGCAGCUGAGGAAGGAGUCUGGAGCCCAGGGCAAAUACCCCGGAGUGCUGGCCAGUCUACUGAUGCUUGAUCGUCUGUCUAUUGAGGAAAUCAAGGCCAGUGUUACUGAGCUGAUGGCUGGAGGAGUUGACACAACAUCCAUCACCCUGCUGUGGACACUUUAUGAGCUGGCUCGGCACCCUGACCUUCAGGAGGAGCUGAGGGCAGAGAUCACGGCUGCUCGUGCUGCUUCAGAGGGAGACACAGUGCAGAUGCUGAAAAUGGUGCCGCUGGUUAAAGGAGCUUUAAAAGAAACACUUAGGCUACAUCCUGUUGCUGUAAGCCUACAAAGAUACACCUCUGAGGACAUUGUGAUCCAAAAUUACCAUAUUCCUUCUGGGACGUUAGUGCAGCUGGGGCUGUACGCAAUGGGCAGAGACCACCGUAUCUUCCCUCGACCAGAGCAGUAUCUGCCCUCUCGCUGGCUGAGGAAUGAGAGUCAUUAUUUCAGGAGUUUGGGUUUCGGCUUUGGGCCUCGCCAGUGUCUCGGCCGCAGGAUCGCAGAGACAGAGAUGCAGCUCUUCCUCAUUCAUAUGCUGGAGAACUUCAGGAUUGAGAAAGAGAGGAAGAUGGAAGCUAGAAGUAAAUUUGAGCUCAUUCUGAUCCCUGACAAACCCAUCAUGUUAACCAUAAAGCCUCUACACAGCUCCAGAUAGCAGGACACUAAAAGUCAGUGACUUGGAGAUCAGAGAUUUUGUGAUGGACCUUUUUUUUUAAAGAGGAAUUAAAGGCAACCACUUUCAAACUUCCAGGAGGUACUGAUGUAAUGUUUUAUUGUAUCUGUGUUUUACUAAGCCAUAUAUAAUUUGUUAAAUUACUACAGUUCAUCUAUGAUACACUGUAAAUGUAUCUGAAAAAAAAAACAGGUGUGUGUUUCAUUUCACUGUAUUAAAAAGCAUGAAGGUUUCAUCA